AUGACCGUCGCUUCUAGACCAACCGCCGGCCCGGUAACCGUGCUCGUUUCCACGAGGGCGGUACUCACCUUGCCGGACGACAGCCUUUUGCUCAGUCCGGCUACUAUAUCCAUCUCAUCAACCAAUGGCAAGAUAGUAGACAUUGUACCUGCAGUCUUGCCUAAGACGUCAUUCCCUCCAUCAGCCACAUAUAUCAACUAUGGCUCGAAACUCAUAAUUCCCGGCCUUGUAGAUGCCCACGUGCACCUGAACGAGCCGGGCCGAACAGAAUGGGAAGGCUUCAGUACCGGCACUCGAGCGGCUGCUUCCGGCGGCGUGACUACCGUCAUUGAUAUGCCCCUCAAUGCCAUCCCACCUACUACGACACUAGCAGGCUUCAAGGAGAAAUUGGCUGCCAGCGAAGGCCAAUGCUGGGUCGACGUAGGAUUUUACGGCGGUGUUAUUCCCGGAAACGCAGAUGAGCUUCUCCCACUGGUAGAAGCAGGUGUCCGUGGCUUUAAGGGCUUCUUGAUCGAGUCGGGUGUCGAGGAGUUCCCAGCUAUCUCGCCCGGCGACAUUGCACUUGCAAUGAAGACAUUGAACGGAUCACCAACAACCCUCAUGUUCCAUGCCGAGAUGAUUCCUCCGAUCUCCGAUUCCGUCGGUGACGCAGUGCAAGCAUCUGAGCCUCCCCUAGCACCUCAUGGUGAUCUAAAAUCGUACCAGACAUUCCUCGAGUCGCGACCUCCUUCAUUCGAAACGUAUGCGAUCGAUGCGAUCGUCUCGUUGGCGCACCUAGCCCCUGGCCUACACCUUCACAUCGUACAUUUGUCAGCGACGCAGGCGAUCCCGAUCUUGAAGGCUGCACGCAAAUCUGGCGUGGAUAUCACAGCCGAGACUUGCUUCCACUACUUAGGCCUUGCGGCUGAAGGAGUCCAGGACGGCGAUUGCAGAUACAAGUGCUGUCCACCAAUUCGGGAGCAAUUGAACCAAGACGGACUUUGGGAAGAAUUGAUAGCGCCCGACUCGUGCAUUAAGACAGUCGUUUCGGAUCAUUCUCCUUGCACACCGGAGCUUAAGCUACUGCCACCUCAUCUCCAAACAGUCGAAGCCCCGCAUAUGCACCAUUCCGAUUCGGGUAUUGAUAUGACGGCUGAUCUGGCACAAGUUACCGAGGCCGCGGUAGAGGGCACCCAGGCGGCAAAAGAAGUAGGGGACUUCUUCGCUGCCUGGGGUGGUAUCUCGUCUGUCGGUCUUGGCUUGCCUAUUCUCUUCACCGCAGCCAAGAAGCGCACGAAGGCUGGGAACAAAGCCCCUGGUAUUGUCGAUAUUGUCCGCCUUUGCUGUGCUGCUACGGCUAAGCAAGUUGGUCUAUCGCAUCGUAAGGGCGCUCUUAAAGUCGGUAUGGACGCUGACAUUUGCGUUUUUGACGAUGCCGAGGAAUGGAUCCUUCACUCGGGUGCUAUGCAUUGGAAGAACCGAUGCUCGCCCUGGGAAGGCCAACGCUUCUCGGGACACGUAAAAGAGACAUGGCUUCGAGGACGGAAGGUCUUCGAAUACGGAGGUAAGAACGGUGGGUUCGUAAGCGGAAAACCUGUUGGUGAAGCCAUUGUUGAGAAGAGGUUCGCUUGA